GGAAUAAUGCCGACGUUGGCCUCUAAAAAUAGCCUAAGAUAAGAUAAAGAAUCCAACCUGUUCAGUAUACAUCUUAAUACGCAACGACAACCUCGCAACUCAAUGAAAGUUGAGUCAAUAUUGUCAUGACUUUUCAGUCGCUCACCGCGCAUUGGACAUAAGUACCCCGCGCGCGCGGCUCCACCCCUCUCUCAGUAGCACGAGGCACACACAGAGGCAUGUCCCUGCGUGUUCCUGCUGGAGGUCGAGCGACGCAGAGGCAGAGAGGCAGCGGGCUCCGGGCGGUCAGCGGCUCCCGUAGCGGCGGUGACGCGGAGCGGACUCCCACAUCGUGUUGUGGGCUUUCCUUUUUUUUUUAAAUUGGCCUCUCAUCGAUACACCUAUUGAGCUGAUGGAUCUGUGACGUCACCAACCGUCGGAUUCUCCUGCUCAAGGAUCUGUUACUCCAAACUUUUCGGUUUUAAUUUUUUUUAUUUAUUGAUCUGUCUGGGAGGCUCGGAGCGACCGGCGGAGCAGCCAUGGGUUUCUACGGCACCUUGAAGCUCAUCUUCUACAAAAUGAAAAGGAAGCUGGAUCACGGUCCAGACGGCCGGCCGUUCCCUUCGGGGAAGAAGCACUGCAAAGGCAGCGGGUACCUCAGUCCCUCCAGUCUGGCUCAGGCCACGCCCACCACAUUUGGGGACCUGCGGCUGGCCAAUGGGCAUUCGGCUCAGAGGCGACGCGUCACCUCCGGCCCGCCCCCGUCUGGCCUGCAGGACUGGCUCCACACCUUCCAGACGUGGAGCGGCCCAGAGAGGCUUUUGGCUCUGGACGAGCUGAUCGACAGGUGCGAGACCAGUCAGGUGAAGCACAUGAUGCAGGUCAUCGAGCCUCAGUUCCAGAGAGACUUCAUAUCACUGCUGCCCAAAGAGCUCGCCCUGUACGUGCUGACCUUCCUGGCUCCCAAAGACCUGCUGCAGGCUGCCCAGACCUGCAGGUACUGGAGGAUUUUGGCUGAGGACAACCUGCUCUGGAGGGAAAAGUGCCGUGAAGACGGUAUCGCAGAGUGUGUUUCACAUCGUCGUAGAGAGUGCGUGCGACCAGCGGUCAGCCCGUGGAAAUCUACCUACAUCAGACAGCAUCGCAUUGAGACCAACUGGAGGAAGGGGGACACACGGGAGCCCAUGGUGCUGAAAGGUCACGAUGAUCACGUCAUCACCUGCCUCCAGUUCAGCGGCGACCUGAUUGUGAGCGGCUCCGACGACAACACACUCAAAGUCUGGUCGGCGAUCACCGGCAAGUGUCUGCGCACGCUGACGGGUCACACCGGCGGCGUGUGGUGCAGUCAGAUGGCCGUCGCCACGGUGAUCAGCGGCUCCACCGACCGGACGCUGCGCGUGUGGGACGCUGAGAGCGGGGAGUGUGUGCACACGCUGUACGGGCACACGUCCACCGUGCGCUGCAUGCAUCUCCAUGGCAACCGGGUGGUGUCGGGCUCCCGAGACACGACGCUGCGCGUGUGGGACGUGUCGACGGGCCGCUGCGAGCACGUGCUGACGGGCCACGUGGCGGCCGUGCGCUGCGUGCAGUACAACGGGCGGCGGGUGGUGUCGGGCGGCUACGACUACAUGGUGAAGGUGUGGGACCCCGAGACGGAAGUGUGUCUGCACACGCUGCAGGGACACACCAACAGAGUGUACUCGCUGCAGUUUGACGGCGCGUUUGUGGUGAGCGGCUCAUUGGACACUUCAAUCAGAGUCUGGGACGCAGAGACAGGUGGGUGCGUUCACACGCUGACCGGUCACCAGUCACUGACCAGCGGCAUGGAGCUGCGUGACAAUGUCCUGGUGUCCGGGAACGCUGACUCCACGGUGCGAGUGUGGGACGUCAGAACAGGACAGUGUCUGCACACGCUGCAAGGACCCAACAAGCACCAGUCGGCGGUGACGUGCCUUCAGUUCUGCAGAGGCCUGGUUCUGUCCAGCUCGGACGACGGGACGGUCAAACUGUGGGACCUUCGGACCGGAGCCUGGCUGCGGGACGUGGUGGCACUGCAGAGCCGAGGAUCAGGAGGCGUGGUGUGGCGAAUCAGAGCGUCCGACACCCGGCUGGUGUGUGCCGCCGGCAGCCGGAACGGCACCGAGGAAACCAAGCUGCUCGUGCUGGACUUCGACCUGGAGGACAAGAAGGAGACAGACUGAGGAGGAUGUGACAUCAGUAAAGAAGCAGAGAUCAGGAAAGAGGAUCUGGAAAGAAAUGUUUUGUUUUUUAAAGAAAUGCUGCAGACACUCCUACUUUUUUUUUUUGUUUUAAACCAAAGUCCUGACUGGAUGCAGUCCCCCCGACUGUCGAAGAGACGUGUGAAUGUUGGGCAGACUUUUGGAUUCAUUCCAAACAAAAGUUUCCUUGCUUUGAAUGUAGCCUUAUGGGAGGGGAGGACAGACUAGGGCAUUCACUGUUUUUCUGCUGCUGAACCAAUGAGGAGGAAUCAACGCCGUCUGAACCCACCAAUCCAUAUCUACCAAAUCUUUACAGACGGAGAGCCGGGCACCUUUUCAAGGCGUCGGAGGCCAGCAGUUUUACUCAUCCUCAGCCAGUGUUGUCCUCUGCUUGUUUUAUGUUGUUGUGCACGCUGUGGAGAGCGGGUGGCCGGCCCCGCUGCCUCUGGCCGUCACAUUCGACGGGGGCGGUCAACACACUGCGGUCAGGCGCUGCUGCAAGAGUCUGUUUUGCAGUCAUUCAACGGGGAGAAAACCGGGCUCAGAAAAUCACAACCGGAGCCUCACAUUUGUAACAGUCGGAACAUUUGUAACCUUUGUCCCUCAAGCUUUACGGGAACUUUACUUAAUACCACAAGAGCAUUACCAAAAUAGUUUUUCAGCUGCUUUGUCCCCUUUAAAUCGCUCCCAGCCGGCCAUAACGCGAACCCUCCGUUGAUGUUUCACUGCCAAAAGUUGGAAGUAGAUAUCAAAAGACAAUUUUCCACACUUUCAGCUCCAAGUUUUUCAACUUGUAAAACAACCCAGAAACCGCAAUAUAGCUUCUGAACCACGUGGAUCGUUUCCUGUGUCGAAUCCCCUUUCAGUGCUCCAAAAGGGCCUGUGUGAAGUGACGCUCUGUGGCAUUUAGAAUUCUUUGAUCCAGAUUCAUCCCAGUCGCAACCAGUAAACCGGUGAGGUCAUUUCCAGACGCUGUUUGCUUACACAUUGCUGCUUUUACCCACGUUUAUCUGCUUCCCUCAACAUUUUCAGCCCAGCACGUGGCUCCAAAGUUGUUAUUGGUUAACCAGUUUGAGCUUCUCAUCUUGGUCACAAGCAAGUGUUGGGAUAUUUUCUAUACCUAUAGUGUGACUAUACAAACCCUCAAUCAGCUCGUUGGGUUGUAAAAUUCUGAAACUGUGACGGCCAACUAUUUGCUAUAUUUACUGAAAAUGUAAACCCAAAUUGUGCGGAACCCCUUCAAAAAGAGGGAUCUGAAGCGGAGCAGGGAGGAACAGGUAGCAAAUGUCCUUUUUAUCCUGUUGAAGCUUCAGAGUUUUGUGCCUUUUAAAAUGUAGAUUUAAAAAUGAUCUAUUGACCAACCUAACGAUCAAUUCAGAAGGCGGUUUCUUCAUGAUUUAAAAGAACUUUCUAUGCAGCUUUUCCAGUUAAAUUGGACUAAUUUCGACUAAGAAAUGUCUAUUUAUUAGAAAACCUUCCAUUUCAUCUGUGAAUUAACAAGUCUUGAAGAUUGUGGGCACGCAAAUGACGGCUGAAAGACUUUGAGGCCAUUUAAACAAAAAUCUCCUCAACCAAACAACACUACGUUAAAACAACAUUACACAUUCAACUCUUAUUAUUUAUGUGCUCUGAGUGGCCAUCCAGCUGUUUUGCGUGGAUCAUCUUGCCACAGUUGCCUCUGCUAAUGAAAUACAUACAAAAGAUAAAUAAUUUAAAAGAGUUCCUGGUUGCAGGCAUUAAUCCGAUAAGCUGUUGUUGCCAGGCAACACUUCCACCAGUAGGCAGAGAUUUGGGUGAUGUCUCCCCCAGCAACAAGUGGUAUUUCAGGCAGGAAACUUGACCGUUUGCAGGUGUGAGGCUCUGUGACAGUGUAACCAUGUAAAUAGUGUAAAUACAUAGAGGAUGUACAUACUAAACUUUUUUUUAUAAGAAAAAUCUGAAAAUAUUGUCUUGGUGGAAUGAAAAGAGAACUGGAUGGAUGACUAUGAAACAAUAAAGAUCAGUUUUAUAAAGAG